UUGUAGAUGAGCGUAAUGAUGCCCUCCCGCCAGGAAGCAGGCAGCGCCGCCGCCAUUUCACCACCAUCGUGGGCGUCUGCAGCAGCAGCAAAGGCAGCGGCAGCAGCAGCACACAAGCGCGGACCCAGCAGCGCCCAGAAAACCUUGUACACCUCGUACGGGACCCCGUCCGACCCAGGCGCUUUACCAUUGGCGGAGCCAGCCAGCGCUGCCAUCAGCUCGGCAUCACUUAGGGCGCCGUCACCGGACCCCUCUGCGGCGGCCUGCAGAUCCGCUGCAAUCAAGCGUGUUUUUUUUUUUUUUUUUUUUUUUUUUGAAGCACACUACGCCAAACCCUCAAAAAGCUAACACAAUCAGAGGUACAAAAAUCCAGAGCCCGCUUCCAACACAAACUAGCCACAAGAGCUAAACAAGCACACAAAGACAUCUUCUCCAACCAAGAACAGGCCCGCGGUAUCCCCGCUGUCCUACACCCCUACACCAAAGCACACUGUACGGACAAAGCAUCCAUCUUGGAGGCUAUCCACACAUAUUUCCAGGACCAAAGGGCCACCAUCACUGGACCGCGCACUGGCAACUAUAAACCCGAAGACAGACACCCGAACACCAGGGGGGCAGCGCGUCUGCCCCUGUUCAACCUUGUAAGGAUGAUUCCUCAAAAAAAAAAAGCUCGCCGCCGCACGUGCCCACUGGGCGGCCGGCCGGGGGACAGCAGGCUGGGCGCCACCGUACCGGACUGGGCCGUCUGCCGCGUGCCGGCCGGCCGUACCGCCGUCCUGGCACAGCUGCACGACGAGUUCACUGGCUGGUGGCGCCUAUACUCAGCCCAGCCUGCAGACACGCCCCUGCCUUCCGACGUGACGGAGCAGCUGGAUGACGCCGCGCAGCAGGUGCAGACGGCCUACAUGGACUACGUGCUCCUAGACGCCCGCAUCCUGCGGUCCGCUAAGCGUGGGCCGCCGGCGGACCCCGGCGGGGCCAUCGGGCCCAGCCGCCGGCAACGCCAGCACCGCAGCCGCAGUACCUCCAGCCUCAUGAGCCUGGGCAGCGCUCCAUUGCGCCCCGGCGGCGCCAGCUCAGGCGCCGCUAGCAUGAGCACCAGCAGCGGCGGCGCGCCCCCCAGCCAGGGUGGCGGCCGCCGCCACAAACGCCACAGCAGCAACACCAACCGCAACCGCCACAGCGCUGCCGUGGCCGUGAAUGUCAACGGCCUGGGCUCGCCGCUCAAGGCGCGGGCGCUGGUCUCGCACCUGCAGCAAGUUGGGGCGGAUGUGGCGAUGGUGCAGGAGACCCACGCUACUGACACGACGGCGCUGGAGUCUUGCCUUCGUGCCGCGCAGGGGGCGUGCCUUCCGUGGCGCCACUGCCUCGCUGCCAGCCCGGCAGCGUCGCCCCACUCCUGUGGGGCGGCUAUCCUGGCGCGGAGUCGGCUGUCCCUUCCCGGCUGCGUACUGCAGCCGCCGUCAACGGAUGCGGCGGGCCGUGUGGUAUGUUGGGAUUGGGACAUGGGUCACUUGCGCCUGCGCUUCAUGUGUGUGUAUGCGCCCACGGCCGUGGCGGACAAGCCUGCUUUCUUUGCCGGGCUGCAUCCCCACCUGGCCACGGACAGGGUGCUUGUUGUCGGUGGGGACUGGAACUGUGUCACCGAUGCCAGUCAGGAGGCGGCCCCUAGCCCGUCACGUGCUGCAGGUGCCCCGCAACUUGCCAGCCUCCUCGCCCAGUUCAGUCUGGUGGACCCUUGGGCGAGCAAGCGUGGCGGCGCCAAGGGCUACACGCAUCCGGCCACGCCCAAGCCGGCCACUCCCGCACGCCUGGAUCGGUGGUAUGUCAGUGCCACCGCGGCGCCGUGGGUGGUGGAUGUCGCUCGCACGUAUGGGGCGCCUGGGGACCACAACGGUGUGCUGCUCACCCUGUCCUUGCCCGACCUGCCACAUGCGCACCGGGAGCAGUGGCGCUUCCCCACGUACCUGCUGUUUCACCCCUCGCUGCGUUUGGAGCUCGAGCAGCGCUUGGUGGCGCACGUUGCCGCAAAUCCCGUGGCCAGUACAGGUGACGGCGCUUGCACGCAAUGGGAGGCGGACAAGUUCUUCUUGCGGGAGGCCGCCACCAGCAUCCACCGUCGGCAUGCACGCCAGACCCGGGAUGGGCUGCAUGGCGUGGUGCUGGCCGCAGACGCGGCCGCUGCCCUGGCCGACCGUCCGGGUGCCAGCGCCGCGCAGCGUCAGGCUGCGGCCAUGGCCAACUUGGCGGUGCGGGAGGAGCGGGCAGCUGCCGCAGCGGCCAGCCACAAUGCCCGCGCUGCACUGAUGGAGGAGCAUGGGGAGCGGGGAACUCGCUGGUUCCAUCGGCAGGCGGACGAGCCAGCAGCCGGCGCGCAGGAGCCCAUCACGCACUUGAAGGUGCCGGGGCAACCGGCGCCUGUGGCGCUCACGGGGCCGGGCACGCGCAACACUGUCUCCGCAGCCGCCGCAGCCAUGUACAGCAGCACCAGCCCCACCGGCCUGUUCCGUGUGCAGCCGGUCUGUACGGCGUCGCAGCAACAGCUUCUGGCGGCCAUUGACCGCAAGGUUCCGGCGGAUCUGCACACCGCCGCAGAGGGGUCCGGGGACGGCGCCCUCAGUGAUGCCGAGCUGAUGGCAGCGCUGGCUGGCUCCGCCAAUGGUAAAGCACCUGGGUCGGACGGGGUUCCGUACGAGGUGUACAAGGUCUUCUGGGCGCUGCUGGGCCCGCGCUUGUGUGCUGCUGCUGCCGCUGCCUUUGCUGCCGCUGCAGACGCCCACGAUGGCGGCGAAAUGGCGGCGGCGCUGCCUGCCUCCUGGCGGGAGGGCAUCAUUACGCUCAUCUACAAGGGCAAAAGCCUGGACCGCGCCGAGCUGGCGUCCUACCGGCCCAUCACGCUGCUCAACUGCGACUUCAAGAUGGUGUCCAAGGCCGUCAGCGCCCGCCUGCAGCCCGCCCUGGAUGCAGUUGUGGAUGAGCUGCAGACCGCGUUCAUCACCGGCCGCUGGAUUGGAGACAACGCGCUGUACCUCCAAGGCCUGAUCGAAUGGAUGCGCCUGGACGUGGGCGCGGACGGCGCGCCACGGCAGGGUGGUGCGCUGUACUUCUUGGACAUUGAAAAGGCGUAUGACCGGGUGCACCGGCAGUGGCUGUAUGCGUCCGCGGAGGGACUUGGGUUUGGGCCGCGCAUGCUGCGCUGGAUCCGCCUGCUCACUGCCAACGGCUCUGCCCGCGUGUGUGUGAACGGGAUGCUCUCUGACGCCUUCCCAGUGCUGAACGGCUUGCCGCAGGGCAGCACCGCCUCACCACCCCUGUGGGUCAUCCAGAUGCAGCCACUGACGUCCUUUCUGCGGCGGCAGGUGGAGCAAGGGGCACUGCGCACGCCCCUGUUACCCAGCGGCGAGCAGGCGCCACCUGCUGCCCACCACGCUGACGACACGACCCUCACGGCGCGCGACCCGGCGGUGGACGGGCCGGUCCUGAUGGCGGCAGUACAGCUGUUCUGCCGCGCGUCCAACGCCCGUGUCCAUCCGGACAAGAGCAAGGCCAUGGGCCUUGGCAGGUUUGCGCACCUGACGGGCCCUUGCCCACACACGGGGGUGCCGUUUACCACUGGCGCCGUGACGCACCUGGGUGUGCCCCUGUCGUGGGACUCGGAUGCGGCUGCAGCUGACUUGUACACCCGGCGGGCUCGCGGCAUGGCGUUUGUGGCGCGUCUGUGGGCUGCCCUGUCUCUGACCCUCGUUGGCCGUGUGCACAUUGCGAAGCAGGUGCUGGCGGCGAAGCUGGCCUACCACUUCAGCUUCCUCAACCCGUCGCCUGCGCAGCUGAAGGAACUCACCGACCUGGUGGACCACUUUGCUGCGCGCUCCAUGCACGCUGAGGACGCCAGCCUGGUGUCGCACGGGAACCCGCUCCUGCUGCCAAAGCGGGAAACGGCCUGUCUGCCGUACAAGGAUGGGGGUGUCAACCACGUCAACCUGCCUGCGUUCCUGUCUGCCCUGCAAGCUAAGACUUUCGCCCUCCUUGCCCAGCCAGGCCGGCAACCCUGGAAGACGCUCACCCGGGCGCUGCUUACCCAUGUGCGCCCGGACUCCGCCACCACGUGGGCGUGGGUGUACAGCGACGCGCCGGCGCCAGCGGGGCUGCCUGCCCGGCUGGCGGCCGCGGUCGGCCACCAUCGCAAGCCGCGGCACCUGUGGACCUUUGAAGAGCGGGCGGCGUACGAUGCAGCAUCACCAGGGGAACGGGCGGGGGCGUGGCCUCGGGCGCCGUACUUCCUGGCGCCGGAGGCUGGGGUGGUGGUGCACCCGGAGCACUGCCGGAUUGCGGGUGUCAGCUUGGCGGACUACACGGUGCGGGACGUGCGGCGGGCCAUCACCGCGGCUAACCCGGCCGCACCUCCGGCUCCGGCCCGCCCCGCAGCCAUGCCGUGCCCGGCGCCAGCUCAGCAGGCGGGGGGGUCGGGGACCCAGCCGGCGGCACAGUCGCGGCUGGCGGAGCGGGAGGCGGAGUGGCAGCGUGCAGCGGCGCAGCUGACCACCACGGCGGCGCAGCAUUUCCACAAUAACCCGGUGGCUCUGGACCCCUGGCUCCACCGCACCUCUGCGGCUGCCGGGCAGCAGAACACGCCGGCGAGAGAACUGCAGUCGUAUGCGUCCCCGUCCCAGCAGUCGGGUGAGGGGCCGCGGCGGUCCGCACGGCUGCAGGAGCAGGCGGCGGGCGGGGCGGGGCCUAGCACUGGGCCUGCCACGGCGGCGGCGGCAGCAGCGGCGGCGGUGGAGGGCGACCCUCGCAUGCCGCCCCCGGAUGCGUCCCUUCUGCGGGGGCGGGCAAGGGAAUUCGUCCACGGGUGACCACGGGGUGCGGGGGGUUGGGGGCGCACUGUCCUCACCCCGCCUGCGGGCCACCUGGCCCGCGGGCGUGGGCCAGCCUAACGCACAUCUUCCUUUUUUU